CACUCCAACAACUUCGCGCUUCCUGGCCAUUUGCUCAAUACCAAAAUCCUGACAAGCGCACAUGCCUUUCUCUUCUUCUGCACUCGGAAGCCGCUUCGCUUCCAGCCGCAGGAUAGCAGUCGGCAAAGUCUUCGAAGGUUCAUUUCGUAUCAUAGGAUGGCUGCGCUUUGCCAAACAUUUGGUGCUAUUUACGCUCUUCUUCAUCUACUACGCCACAUGGCUGAUAAUCAGGCUAUUUUCGAAGCUGUUACACUGUUUUGGCUGCGGUGAUGGAGCUUUUGCAAGCUCUGCGAGUAUUCGCGAGCUCGUUCUGGUGCGAGGUCCCCCAGAAUUGCGUGCCCGGCAACCACCAAUUGACUGGCUCUAGAGAUGCGCAAUGGGUGCAGCCAACCUCGGGAAGCACGGAAGAUGGAAAGCCUUUUGGCGGGUCUACGCAGUUCUAGCGCCCACCCUGGACGACUUCAUCAACGACUACUGCGAGGCUUGGAAGCUCCGACAUACUAUCGAUAAGGAGGUCAUCAUAUUCAUCGACAAUGAUCAUCGUCUAGCGAUCCCAUGCUCUGGAACGAUGGACGACAAGGCUCUAGUGCGGCAUAUACGCGUUUUCUACAAUCUGGCCCGGGCAAGAGUGGGCAUCUUCGAGUUCUUCGGUGCGAAGUCGACUCUGAGGAUCGAUGUAGUCAAGCUCGAGCAGCAUUUCGCCGUGGGCGCCCGCGUCGGUCCACCACUCGGCUUAGGAAGACAUGGUCCCUUCAGUCGACUGGUGCAUUACCUGAAGGAUCCUUCUAAAAUGAGCGGCACGGACCUCGUACAGAGACUCGAAACAGAAGCAGUUCUGACUCCACCCGGACAGCAAACAUGUGCGCUGAACAUUGUUAGGAGCUGGGACCCUUAUAUCACAAGCACCAUUAUCCUCAUUCCGGUGGUCUUGAGCUUUAUCGUCUCAGUUCUCUGGUCUGUCAUCGCUGCAGCAUAUUUCAAGGCUGAUGUCAAUGCGAGCACGCAAACGGCGUUCACGAUCGGGAGCUAUGUUGUAACGGCCGGGCGCGCUACUCAUCGCCCUGGUGGCAUUCCUCGAGAGCAAGUAUGUCGCCAAUGACGGAGUUUCCAACCUCGUCACAGCCACUGAUUACCACGCGUUACAACAAACGCAGUCCAAUUCCUCAUGUCAGUCGCCGCAACUGAUGCAGCGACCACCGGCAAUUAUGACGAGGACGUCUUCACAGCCAAAGCUCAACUCGCGGACAAGUUCGGGCAAUAUGAUCACUCAGACCAGUUU